AAAGUCAAUUCCCAGGUGCUUACUGGACAGCCUUCGAGGGGAAAGAUGAGGGGAGCUGCCAGCUCAGCCUUCCAGGGCCCUCGUGUGGGGGUCGAAACUCAUGGACCUGACCUCAGAGGUGCACCAGUUCUGCCCAGCUGCACUGGGGCGCCCAGAUCUUGUAGCAUUUUCAUGUGUGCCACGAGUGUCAAGACCUUUUCUUCGGAGUACAGGGGUGAGGAUGGACAGUCCCCUGUCAGGCCUGGCUCCUCUGGUGGCCUUCAAUGUCGAUCUGGUGCAUUCCUGGCUGACACCCCAGGAUGCGCCUUUUGUGCUCAGCUCCCUCCUCCACCAAGACUCCAGCACCAACCAGACCUGGCUCCUGGUCACCAGUCCCAGAACCAACAGGACAGUGAAGCUCCUGCAUAAGUGCUUCCUUGUCCAGAAUAAGAUGAGCUGCCAAUCAGUGGAGCAUGGCACCAUCCCAAAAGGGAGGCACCGAGGAGUGACAGUUGUCCGGAACCAGCAUGGUGUUUUGAUGUGCACUCAGCUGCUGAACCGCCGGUCUCCCAGCCUCAACUUAGAACUCACAGGCACCUGCAGCCUACUGGCACCAGACCUCCGUGUCCAGGCCCAGGUUUAUUUCUCUAACCUUGAAAAUCUCCUGACUCCCAGUGUGAGCACAAAGGCUGGAGAAUGCAGCAGCAGCAAGGCAGGCGGCACAGAGAACACAGCCAGAUGGCGUCGGGCUCUAACAACAGAAGAGGAGGAAGAAUUGGUAGAGGAAGGAAAGGACACAGGCACCGAAAUCGCCAUCGUCCUGGAUGGCUCAGGAAGCAUCAACUCCACAGACUUCCAGAAGGCCAAAGACUUCAUCUCCAACAUGAUAAGAAACUUCUCUGACAAGUGCUUCGAGUGCCGCUUUGCCCUGGUGCAGUAUGGGGAUGUGAUCCAGACUGAGUUUGACCUUGAGUACAGCCAGAAUAUCAAGGCUUCCCUCGACAAAGUCCAGAGCAUCAUUCAAGUGGGACAUGUCACCAAGACUGCCUCGGCCAUGCAGCAUGUCCUAGACAACAUCUUCACGCCAAGCCACGGCUCCAGAAGAGAAGCCUCCAAAGUCAUGGUGGUGCUCACCGACGGAGACAUCUUCAUGGAUCCCCUCGACCUCACGACUGUUAUCAACUCCCCCAAGAUGAAAGACAUUGAGCGUUUUGCGAUCGGGGUGGGGGACGUGUUUCAAAAGGAAAAGACAGAGAAGGAGCUGAAGCUGAUUGCCUCAGACCCUGAUGAGACCCACGCCUUCAGGGUGACCAACUACAUGGCACUGGACGGGCUGCUGGACAAACUGCAGCAGAAGAUCAUGCGUACAGAAGGCACUGUCGGGGAUGUCCCCCACUACCUGCUGGCACAGAUUGGCUUCAGUGCCCAAUUCCUGGAUAAGGGACAGGCGCUACUCGGUGGCGUUGGUGCCUUCGACUGGUCAGGGGGCGUGCUGCUCUACGACUUUCACAGCUGCCGGGGCCGGUUCCUGAACCAGACCAUGAAGGAGGCCCACACCGCGCCUUACAGCUACCUGGGAUAUGCUGUGGCUGUGAUCCACAAGGUUGAUGGCUUCUCCUAUGUGGCUGGGGCCCCACGGCACAAUCAGCAGCAGGGGGCUGUGUUUGCCCUCCAGAAGGAUAGUGGGGACAACUUCAUGCCAGCGCUGAAGGGAGAGCAGAUGGGGUCCUAUUUUGGCUCUGUGCUGUGUGCUGUGGACAUCAACAUGAAUGGCAAGACGGACUUCCUGCUGGUGGCGGCUCCAUUUUACCACUUUCAUGGAGAGGAAGGCAAAGUCUACGUGUAUCGGCUGAACAAGCAGAAUGGUUCCUUCUCCUUGGCAUUUGAACUGAGAGGGCAUCCAGGGUUCACCAAUGCCCGGUUUGGCUUUGCCAUGGCGACUGUGGGAGACAUCAAUCAGGAUAAGCUCACAGAUGUAGCCAUCGGGGCCCCCUUGGAGGGUCUUAGGGCAGAAGAUGGUACCAGCUUUGGCAGCGUGUACAUCUAUAAUGGGCAGCAGGAUGGCCUCUCUCCCUACCCCUCACAGAGGAUCAGAGCCUCUGCAGUGGCCCCGGGACUACGUUACUUCGGUGUGUCCAUGGAUGGUGGCUUAGAUUUCAGCGGUGACGACCUGGCUGAUAUUACUGUGGGCACUCUGGGCCGGGCAGCUGUGCUCUGCUCAAGACCUGUGGUUCGCCUGAAUGUGUCCAUGAUCUUCACUCCCCGAGCACUACCCCUCGGCUUCAACAGCAGUAUCAGUGUGAAGUUGUGCUUUGAAACCAGCUCUGCCACCACAGCUGCCAACUCAGGCUUCAGAUACACAGCUCUGAACUUCACAGUGGAUGUGGAUUUCAAGCAACAGAGGAAAAGACUGCAGUGUUCAGAUGAGAGGACUUGCCAAAGCAAAUCUAGGGAGUGGCGCAGUGGGCCUCAACUUUGUGCAUCCUUCCUGCUCGUUCCCACAGAGGGGGAGCUCUGUGAGGAGGACCGCUUCUCCAACAUCAGCAUCAAUGUCAGCUACCAACUCCAGACUCCUGAGGACUGGAGGGGCCAUCUCCACCCUGUCCUGGACUUCUACACAAAGCCCUUCACCACUUUCCAGCUGCCUUUCGAGAAAGACUGUAAGAACAAGCUGUUUUGUGUUGCUGAGCUACAGUUGGCCACUACUAUUUCUCAGGAAGAACUGGUUGUGGGUCUCACCAAGGAGCUGACCGUGAACAUUUCCCUAACUAACUCUGGGGAAGAUUCCUACCUCACCGACAUGGCUUUGAGUUACCCCAGAAACUUGCUCUUUAACAGGAUACAAAAGCCUCCUUCUCUAAAUAUUCAGUGCAAUGAUCCUAAGCCAACAGCUUCUGUUGUGGAGAUGAACUGCAUGAUUGGUCACCCCAUAUUCAAGAAGUCAUCCGCGAAUGUUUUAGUAGUUUGGCAGCUGGAAGAGAAUGCCGUUCCAAACAAGAUAGCCAACAUCACUGUGAUGGUCACCAAUUCCAACGAAAGAAGGUCUUUGGCCAGAAAGCACCACACUCUUCGAUUCAAGCAUGCCUUUAUUGCACUUCUUCCCAAGCCAUCUGUCAUGUAUAUGAAGACAAGCCAGUUUUCUGGCCACAAAGAAUUUGUCUUUAACAUACAUGGAGAAAAUCUCUUUGGAGCUAAAUUCCAGCUGCAAAUUUGUGUUCCUACCAAUUUACAAGGUUUCAAGAUCAUGAAAGUGAAGAACCUGACACAGAUACAGGUACUUACAAGCGGAUCUUUACUUUUACACAUUUUUUUUUCCCAGUGACUAAAUUCCCAAGGGCAUAAAAACUGGACUGCUACAAAGAGUAAAAAAUUAGAUUAACCUGAGAACAUACUGGGAGUAAACCAGCAGUCACAUUGAGAAAGAAUAUCAACCACUUAGCAUUUAAAAUAGGGGUGGAGAACCUUUUUUCUGGCAAGGACCUUUUGGAUUUUUUUUUUAAGAUUUUAUUAUUUAUUCAUGAG